CGUCAUUUUUUUUCGAGUUUACGCAUUAUGUAAACAAUUCUCAGUUUACCGAUCAAGCAACCUGACAACUUUCAGUCACUCAACGGAUAUCUGAUAUUUUCUUGAUAUCAUACCACACAAAACCAUACUAUCGAGUCAUCGAAACUUUUCAAAGUAGUGCGUCUACUUGGCAGUCAUUCAGGCAACGCGAAUAGCUACGUGGCUACCACCGCAAGGACGCCGAGUGACGGGCAUGGGAGCUAUGAGCCCUCUGCUGCUUUGAACCUCGGCCUCGAAAGUUGUAAAGAUUACAACUCGGCCGCCUGUUUCUCAAUCCUGCCACUUUUCACAGUCCUUAAAACUCUCAACAUGUUUAAAGAUGUGGGCCGGAGAGUGUCGAAAGACUCGACUCACUCGACCCCUGCCGUCGAAGAUGAGGAUGACAACAUAUCUCUAGCUUCAACAGCGUCCGUGCAACACGACCCAGAUGAGGAAUUCGAGGUCGAGGAUAUCCUCCUCGAGGAACUAGACGAUGAUGGCAAACAAGUCUAUCUAGUUAAGUGGGAACGCUACCCGCUAGAACAAUGCACUUGGGAGCCCGAGGACAACCUGGGUGACGAACUUAUAGAGAUGUGGAGGGAGAAGCAACUGAGGCAGGAGGCCGGAGAGGAAGAGCCAUUUGAUGUGCGAGAGUUCCGUGCAGCCGUCAACAGGGCUAAAAAGGCGAAGACCGACCGUCAUCGCCGUCGCAACGCGAAGCGGCGGAAACUGGGUCUUCCGCUGACCGAGCCCUUCGAUAGCUCAAGCUCGGAAUCAGACCUAGACAUUGUCAAGGCCGAGUCCUCUGAUGAAUCCAGUGAUGAAGCUUUGGAGCAAGAAGAACCCGUCUCCAAGGACGAUCGGGAAGCAUGCUCGGCUCAAGAGCGCGGUACACGCCCGCAAUUAGAGCCAAAGCCCAAGCAAAAGAUAUUCAAAGGCAUCGCUCAGCCUGUACCCAAAUCGGCCAAGACUGCCGCCACUACACGAGAAUCGACCCUUCUCGAGCCCAAACCUAAAGCCUCGUCAAAAUCCAGUUCCAAAGCCCCUAACAGGCCUUCCCCGCCGCAACCGUCGUCCUCCAAGCCUCGACCUGAGCGGACUUUCGUAUUGACAACUGGCUACCAAGGAACUGCGAGAAAGCCUGUGGAUAAAGCACGACCUAGUACUCCAAACGGGUUGACUAGGCCACUGCCCCAAUCAACCCGUGCCGCUCCUCCAAUUGCGUCUCGACCUACGUCUGCUGGCGUCCGAAAGCCUCUGACUGCCAAAAGAACGGCCGUUAAGAAGAUGGUCAGCGUCAACAUCUUUUCAGCAGGCAAAGUUAGAAAACCCCGACAGAAGUUGGAGAAGGCUAUGUCAGACCCAACCAAAGAUCCAAAGCAGUUUAAAAUGCUUAGUCAACGCCGGUGGGCUGAGAAGAAGAGUAGGGAUACAGAGGAUCGUCCUCCCGAUCUAUCGACAGCAAAUAUUCAACUCUUCAACAUCAGACAGAUCCCAACCCAAAGAAAAACCUCACUAAGCACAACCACAUCAUCAAGCACGCCUGUUCUGGCCCCAGGUGGUCAAGUGACUAGGACACAUGUCGAAAUAGAAGCCGAGAACACAGCCGGGCUUGAGCUCAGCUCGGACGAACCGACACCCGUGAACAGCCAGGAACUGUCUAUUCGACCCAGAGAUCCGCCCAGAAGGAAAUCUGCUUUGACAAAAUCAAAACCCGAUGGAGGACUACCUAAGGAGCGCAAAUCCGUCCGCUUCGUGCCUGGCCAUGAUGAGACCACAAUUCCUCAGGAACGGGAACAGAUGGAUGUUGAUGGGAUGUUUGCCGAGCCUGUUAAUACAACGCCAACUACGCCCACAAAUUCGACGGCUCACAAGCGCAUACCUAGUCCAGAUCCGCCGCCUGCUACUGCUUCUGCCGGCGAGUCCGAUGAUGGGGUGCGAAGGGGAAAUCUGAAUAAAAGACUGCUGAUCGCCGAGAUCCCCCCUUUUGAGGUCACAUUUCACGAUGUGCCGCGAGAUACCCAUCAGUUGUGGGCUGUACAUUUCGGCAACCAAAAGUCGCUAGAGAUUCGGCUAAGUUGCUUCGCUGAAACAGCAGUGGCAAAAUUGAAGCCUCCCUUGUUCCAAAAGUGCCUGGCCAAAGGGCCUAUAACGUCCGAGAACAAAGAAGGUAUAGAGAAGCUUGCACAGCAGCUUAAGGCGCGACUGCUCGGUCUUUACUACUCGGGUCGGCAUUACAACCUUCUCAUUUAUCCCGCCAAAUGUGAGCAGUGGCAAACUGAAUUGUUUGGCCAGGAGGUAGCAACUAGCUUGACUGCAGCGCUCUGUUAUACUAUAUUCUCAUCAGAUAUUGACUGUGGAACUAUGCUCCCACCGCUCAGUCUUCCGCUACAUUGGCCAGAAACGAAUAGGAAGGCAGUGCCCACCAGGACGUGGCUGAUGAGGAGACUGUACAAUUUCGAUUACAAUCAGCUAUUACCACGAAAGCCGGAGAUUCCACAGAUUCACAAGUUCUUUCUCGCUUUCCCCGAGUCAGGAACUGGAAAAGCUACCCGGUCAGUCGUCUUUCAAUGGCUGCGCUCUUCCAAUCCCGCCUGUCACAUAUACAUCUCUAGUCAACCAGGCUCUUGGGAUGCAUUCAGAGCCAGCGUAGCCGAGUCAUCUGGUGUUGUCAUCAUCCACGAAACGUUGAUGUGGAGUCUUCGCCGGUUUCCAAAGCUUUCCGAGUACCUGGUCAAGAAAUACGACGAGUAUUGGUGCUUUACGGAGCCAACCGAAGCAUACCCCUUAUAUCCGUCAAUUUCCUUGCCGGAAAGCGUCCCUCCGGGGAUUAGUCAACUGACACGGAUAUUGCCAUUCGGAACAGCAAUCCUGCUCACACCCAGCUUUCUGGUAUCCGAGCCUGAACACGCUCGUGAGUUUCUUGAUUGGUUUCUCAGCCGCCAAUCGAGUUCCACCUUUUACUAUAGUCUGGUGACGGCCUCCAACAUCCAUGAAUACCUUCAAGAUUUGGCAUUAGAAUGCAUCGAUUCGCGCGAGAGGUGGUGGAACGCGGGACCGAGCCUUGGGAUGACUCCUAUUGAAACCCAGUUCGAGAUCAACUUGCGAGGACAUAGCCUUGAUGAAUGUGAAUCUAGGCUUCAAGCCGGCAUCAUUGCUUCUGAACUUCACAGAAUACGCACCAGAAAGCUCGACUCCUCCGGUGGAAUGGAGGAGGACCACAGCCCGCUCAUCUAUGCGGAUCCGUCCAUCGACCCAAAUGACGAGCAAAGCCUAGUAAACUGGUUCGGCUGGUGGUCAACCCUGCGGGCUGAUCAGUUCCGAAAGUUCCAUGUUGUUGGAUCGUGUACCAGUAUUGGUUAUCCAAACACCAAGAAGGGAAUUCGGACGGUCCGCAUUCCUAAAUAUCUUAAAACAACAAUCAAUGACCCAGACGCGGUAGCAGAGGUUGUGCAGGACGAAGCAUCGCAAAAUCUCCAGGUACCAGCACACGAACUGCCUCCCAGCAAGCCACCAAGUGCGGCGCGUAGUUUGGAGUUGACUGGCCCCUUCAGAAGUGAUAUACCGGGCUUAAGCAAUGACCGUGGAGCAAGUCUCCAAACUUUCCUCUUCAGUAACUUUGCUGAUCCCAUUCCGGGGUCCAAAAUGCGGUUUUACGGAUUCCCUGUGACGUGGGCUGAUCCGGAGAUGGCGAGAUCCUACGGCGAUUUGGGUCUUAGGCCCAACAAGAAGAUCGACGAGUGGUUCAGUUAUGUAUUCUCAUUCGGCAGACACUUACACACUUACAUGGGCCUGUUUUAUACCAUCUCCGAGGAGUGGGAUCCCCAGAAGCCUCCACAAAACCCGAAUCCUAGGUGGCAUCCUUGGCUUGCAAUUUACAGGCCUGUCAACGCCGAUAUCUUCCCCUACCGACGGUGCGAAGUUAUCAUAUGGGACCCUCUUGCAAGGAAUCGGUUUCCAGGCUCACAGGCACCGUUAGAAAGCGAGCUCACUUAUAUGCAACGGCGUGUCAUUCAGUAUGUCCGUGAGCACUGCGGAAAUAAGAAUAAGGGUACGUACCUCGACCAGGUUUGGCUCGGCGGGUUCAACUGCCCCAGUGAAUGCGAAUCUCCUUAUCCGCUCGACAUGACGUUGAAAUUCGCCAGAACAGUGAUGCAAGAUAUUAGAGAACAUCUUCCACCAGAGGAGCAGCGGUUGCCGGAAAAGGGCUUCAGGAAAGUUUUAAAGGAGCACCCGCCGGCGCUAGAUACGAUGAAUGGCGGAGGUCUAGAUAGCGACGACGACGUUCUCAUGGAUGUCGAUAGCAACGCUGGCUGGGAAGACGAAGACGAAGAUGUGCGCAUCAUCUUCCAUCCACCUCGAGGCACCAAGCUCUCCCCUGGUUCCCGCUCAAAGUGCACCAACAGGCUCUACGAGGAGGCACGUCUCGCCAGGGCCAGGUCCUCUUCGGACCAUAUGGAGUUCAAGUUCGUCCCAACGCUCAAGUGGUACGAGGAUCAGGUUGCGGAGGGGCGUGGCUUUGAACACAUUAACAUCCAGUCGUGGCAAGACAUCUUCAACAUCUUCCAAGUAGGAAAGGCGAAGGGUAGCAAGGUGACGACAGCGGCGAUCGUGGCGAAGGCUCCGGUGACGCGUGGAGACAGAGAAGGAGAUGUUCAGAUGACCGGCUAAGGAAGCGGCAAGUCGGAGACGUCAACUACUACGAGUACGUCCAACAAAAAGUCGCAGCUGGUCGUACACAAAGGUGUAAGAUUUAUCCGCCCUAGGUGCCCGCAUCGAGUUACGCCUUGGCAUCUAUCAAAAGAGAGCAAGAUACAAGCAGUUCCCAAGGGCGAAGAGCGGCAGCGGGAGGGUGGUGGUGGAUGUAUGGCCGCAAGAGCAGGCGUUUCAAAAGCAAGGGCGGCUGGGGCGAGAGUCACGUUACAAUCGUUAACAAAGUCCAACUUGAACGUUUCCUCCGUAUAAUGAACAUUUCUACGAUGAGCUUGGUUCUGGGCAAUGGGUGGAGGAUAGAGGUGGUGUUUUUGUAUGCUUGAGUCGAUGGAACUUGUCAAAGUUACAGGAGAAGAAUGGUCAGAAUUCGUGUACACAAAUCAUAAAUAUAGUUCGUUGUAUGGGGACGUUGUAUGGGGAGGCGUUCAGGACCACGAGUGUCCAAUAUGUAAUUCCCUUGUUUCAGACACUUCAACACCAGCAGCCAGUCGAUGUAUAUAUAGUUGCCAUACAACUCGGUACCCGCCCAAUUCUACUCCCUUCAACUUUC